GCCUGCCUAUGGACACUCGGUAGCGCCAUCGCCCUGGAGCUUCCCGGCACCGACCUCAUGACAGCCUCACUCCCUCAAACACGACAACGACACAAACACGCGCGCUGCUCCACUCAUUGGCCCCUGUGCCACAGUGCCCCGGUUAUCGCGCAUCUCUCCGACCGCCGGGCGACAAUGUUCGGGAUGUGCCAUGGCCUCCGACCCGCAGAGGAAGCAGGGCAGAGCCGCAGCGCUCCCCGGCGCCGGGCCCUACACGCUGCGCCCGCUGCUGCACGACGUGCCCCUGUCCGCCGAUGGCAAUGACGAGGACGUCAAGAUCAAUUGCGUCGAUUAUUACGACGGGAAUCUCUACGUCGGCACCAGCGCAUCCGAACUCCUCCACUUCUUCCGUAUCCCACCCGACCCGAGCGACCCCAGUGGGCCUGCCACCUUCAUCCUCGCAUCCCGUCUCCCUCCCGUAUACUCGGAGCCCGCGGGCGGUAUCCAGGGCUCCCGGCCGGGCGUGCAGCAGAUCUUGCUGCUGCCACGGGUCGGCAAGGCGUGUGUCUUAUGCAACUGGACCGUCACCUUCUACUCGCUGCCCGAGCUGAGCCCCGUGUUCGGCGCCACCCAGGUCAGAAACUGUAACUGGAUCGGCGGUGUCGACUUGAACGAGGGCGUCGGUCAGGGCAUGAGCCGGAGCGGAAACGAGAAAGCACCGGGCGUUACCAUCUUGUUGUCCCUGAACCGCCGGAUACAGGUGGUGAGGAUAGGGGAGGAGGAUGCCAGGGUCAUCAGGAAAAUCGAUUUUGCGGGGAGCACACUCUCGGUGCGCCGGGACUCGAUCGCAUGUGUGGCUGAUUCGCGGAGUUAUGCUCUCUUGGACGUCGACCGCCAGCUGAAGAUUCCCCUCAUGAGCAUAUCGUCUCUCGACGAUUCGCAGCCAGACGGCGCCUUCGGUCAAGCCCAGAACAUCGCGGGCGCUGCCGAAGGCGGCUUGUCCAGGAGCGCCUCAUCCGCGACGGCGCGCGCGCCCGCGAAUGCUCUUGGCCAUUCCAGAAGCACGAGCUUGGGUGACUUCAUCUCGGGUAUGCGCAGGAACGACAGGCGACCGGGAGAGCCUGAUGACCCCGUCUUCCAAGACUCCGAUGCGCCACCACCAUCGCGGAGCCCGGCGCCGACGGAUAAGCCGCUGCCCGCUCCGCCGAGGGAAGCGGAAAAUUAUCUGGCCGCUCAGGCCGCCCCUGCUGCUCCCCGUGCUGCUUCUCCUGCUGCUCCCCCGCCGCGGAUAGCAACACCGCCGGUUCAAACGGCAACAACGCCGGCACCGGCAGCAACACACGCCGCGCAGACGGCAACCCCGCCGGUGCGGACCACCCCGCCCCCCAAGCCCGGCUCCGUCUUCCUGAAGCCGCAUAUUGUGUCCCCUACCGCGGAAGAGUUUCUCUUGGUCACCGGAACGGGCCCGCUUGACCCUGGCAUUGGCAUGUUUGUGAACCUGGAUGGAGACCCUACGCGCCCGACGCUUGAAUUUGACAGAUACCCCCGGGAAAUCGCAGUUGACGGCGGUGCAACCGACCUCUCGACCUCUCGCCUGUCUCUGGCUGCCGAAGAGGAGGGCUACGUUCUCGCCUCGAUGGCCAAGGAGUUCGAAGAUGGUCUGCAUCACGGUCUCGAGAUCCAGCGCUUCGACGUCAAUAUAGGCGAGGACGAGCCGGAGAAAUGGUGGCUGGAAGUCAAGGACAGCGCGCCCAAAGGACUGUCCCCCAGUACUCCCAUAGGCAUCCGGCCACUGUUGCAGAGCGAGGAGAUACUUUUCGAGGACGUCGUCGACCGGCUGUGCCAGAGGCGAUUCUCGCCAUUCAAGGGACAGCCAGAAACCCCGACCAUGUCGCUAAAGAGCAGUGACUCCCGGACUGCGCUAUCCCUUCAACGCCUGUCUCAGGAGAAGGAGCUGUUUGACCAGUCUGACGAUGAAAAACUACCGCCAGACUGGGAAGAGCAGAGAAACCAAGAAGGAGAGGACUUUGUGCGACGGUUGGCAAGGACAUCGUCACGCUUGGCCGUCUGGGCUGGGAGCCACAUAUGGUGGGCUGUGCGGAAUCCACUGCUCACGCAGCUCGAUUCGGCCCUGGAGUUGGCCGCUGCUUCUCCGGGUCAGCAGACAAAUCCAGGUGCUCUCGAGAUUAGGCGCCCGCUCCUUUCCCUUCUCAACACCAUCAAGGAUCGUGAAGCAACCACGGAACUCGAGUUCAUGACGCUCGGUUACAUCAGGCAAAAAGCCAGCGUCAUGCUUCUGAUGUCAUUUCUGAGCUCGCCAGAACCCCCGUUCACGGAGCCCGAGACGAGAGCGAUGGAGGAGAAUCUCGUCAGCGGCGACCUGGACGCUCGGGUCGUCCUGUCUCUGAUACCCGCGCUUCGUAACGAAAUUGUCGUGAACCGGAGAGGCAUAUGGAUAUACAAUGGCGUCAGGAGCACCGUCAACAGCUACAUCUCAGCCGAAGCGGACGGCUUUCCGAUGCAAGGAGUCAGCUCCUUGCCCUCGCAUGUUCUCCAGUUCCUGAGACGGUUCCUCUCCGCUUGGAGGAAGAAGAAGGGGUUCGGCAGUAUACCGGAUGAGGUGUUCCGAACCGUGGAUGCAUCCCUGCUGCUGGUACUACUUGAACUAGAUCAGGACACACCAAGCGGCCAGACUGGCAAGCGCGGUUCGGCCCGCAAGGAGCUCUACGAACUCGUCGACCAUGGAGUCGACUGCUUCGACAGAGCAGUGGACAUAUUGGAGACAUACCACCGACUGUUCGUUCUCAGCCGGCUGUACCAACACCGCAAGAUGGCAGCCGACGUGCUCGCGACAUGGCGUCGUAUCAUCGAGGGCGAGGAAGACCGAGGCGGCGAGCUUGGCGACGGGGAGCAGCGCGUCAGGAGCUACCUCUCCAAUAUUAGCAACCAGGCGCUCGUGCAAGAGUACGGCCUGUGGCUGGCCCGCCGAAAUCCCAAGCUCGGUGUCCAAGUCUUCACCGAUGAAAAGGGCAAAGCCCCGAAAUUCGAGCACACCCGGGUCAUCGCCCUCCUCCGUGAGGAAGCCCCUGACGCGGUCAAGUACUACCUCGAGCACCUCGUGUUCGACAAGGGCAACACAUCCUACGUCAACGAGCUCAUCACAUACUACCUGGACAUCGUCAUCACCGACCUCCAGGCCUCCGCGGCGUCCCGCGACAACGUCGCCGCCUCCUACGACACCUACCGCGCCCUCAGCCCACCAAAGCCGACCUACCUGCGCUUUCUCACGGACAACGCGCCGCCCUCGGACGAAGUCUGGCAGAGCCGGCUGCGGCUCCUCCAACUCCUCGGCGGCGGGCACGACUAUGAUGCGUCGGCCAUUCGACAACGAAUCGAGGACUCACUCUCCGCCCUCCCCGCGUCAUCACCGCCCCAACUCGCCGAACUGGAUGGAAACACCCCAACUGACCACCAGCAUCUCCUCGUCCCCGAGUUCAUCAUCCUCGCCGCCCGCGCCGGCCAGCACGCCGCCGCCCUGCGCCUCCUCGUCCACCGCCUAGGCGACUACGACACCGCCGUGUCCUACUGUCUGCGCGGCGCCGCCGCCCUCACCCCGUCCGGCACUCACUACCGCGACCAACCCCACCAACGCCGCGACACCGACGCCGAACCGCCACCCCGCUGGACGCGCGACGAGCAGACGCGCCUGUUCCGCGCGCUGCUGGGCGAGUUCCUGGCGCUGCGCGACGGCGACGAGCGCGCCGCGCAGACGGGCGCGCUGCUGGAGCGGUUCGGCGGCUGGUUCGACGUCGUCGAGGUGCUCGGCCUGCUGCCGGAGGAGUGGCCCGUCGAGGUUGUCGGCGAGUUCCUGGUCGCCGCGCUGCGGCGGCUGGUGUGCGAGCGCCGCGAGGCCAUGGUGGAGCGCGCGCUGAGCGGGGUGGAGAACUUGAGGGUCGGCUGGGAGUUUGUGGGCGUCGUGGAGGAGAAGGGGGCGGUCGUGGAGGAGGGGGCAACAGAAGGGGCGGCGGCGGUGGUAGUGGGGCAGGGGGAGUGAGGAUUCCGUCGCACUCGUGUGCCACGGGAUGGUACACAGUACAUCCGAGGUUAUGGAAGUUGACGGUGUUGAGUAAGUCAAAGAGGAACGACGGGGUGCACGGGUAUGUACGGAAUACACCAGCAACUACGGAUACCGGCGGGCCCUCACAAUCUCCUGUUUAAUUCGAUUGCAACACUGCACAGCCC